GCAUCCUUGCCUACUGCCCUUGCCCUCCUCCCUCCUCCUCCUCCACCCCCUGCACCUCGCUUCGAUCGCGCGUGUGCACGCACACAAAGACCCGCCCGCUCGCCCGCCCGGCCGCCUGUUCGCAUCAUGUCCUCUCGCUCCCCGGUGUCCAUCGACAAGGUUUACCCCAACAACCUGGGGCAGUUCCGCCAGAUCCACAGCUCUUCGCUGCCGGUGGUCUACUCAGACACCUUCUUCCAGAAGGCCAUCGAGACCACCGGGUCGGUCUUCUCUCGUAUCGCUUACUAUAAUGAUGCCGCUGUCGGGUGCAUCUUCGGUCGCGAUGUCACCCCGGCCGGGUCCAGCACCUUCGCCGUGGAGAUCCUGACCCUUUGCGUGCUGCCGGCCUAUCGUCGUUCCGGGGUUGCCUCGGAGCUGGUGUCCAGUCUGAUUGCCUGGACGCGGGGCCACCUGUCGCGCGAGGCCGCCUCCGAUGACUCCCCCUUCACCUCGGCGCGUGUCUUCCUUCAUGUGCAGACUUCCAACAGCGGGGCCCGGGCCUUCUAUGCCGCACAGGGGUUCACCCCGGCGCCCCUUCCUGAGGGUGCGGCGCCCUUCCCCGGCGAGGCAGGCCUCGUCGUGUCUGGCUACUACAAGGGUCGUGUUACCCCGGACGAUGCGGCCGUCCUGGAGCGCCUCCUCUGAGCGAUCGCCGGUCCCUCCUCGGUCAUGCGGGCGACGGGGCAUUCGCCGGCAUUCGCCGGUAGCCAACAGACUUGGUGGGUGUGUGCGGGUGUGUGGGUGUGGGUGUAUCGCAUCUUGUAUGAUGGAUUUCCUGUGCAUUGCCCUCCUCCCCCCCCUCUCCCCGUACUUUUCCCAUCGCUUGUUCUUCCUUCAAGAUCAAUAGAUACGCUCCGGAAGGAACCUCCCCUCA